AUGGCCGGCAAGAAGGAGGCCUCCGCGUCCCCGUCGGCGUCUGAGGGCCCCCGCGGGCCUGGCCGCCCCCCGCCGCCGCCUCGGUCUCGCCUCCCGCGGCUGGGCUGGGCCGUGGCGUUCCUACUGGCUGCCCUGGCCGCGAAGGCCUACCGGGAUUGGGAGGCGGCCCGCCGGCAGGAGACAGCGCUGAAAUCUCUGGGAAAUGAAGGUCUUUUCUUGUUCUCUUCCCUGGACACCAACAAUGACUUGUACAUCAGCCCAGAGGAGUUCAAGCCAAUUGCGGAGAAACUUACCGGCAUUGCUCCUGUCUCUGGCACGGAUGAAGAAGAGGUGCCGGAUCCCAACGGAGAGACUCUCUCUAUCCUUGCAAAAUUCCAGCCUCUGCUCAUGGAAACAAUGACCAAGAGCAAGGAUGGCUUCCUUGGAGUUUCUCAUCUUUCCCUUUCUGGGCUCCGCAACUGGACUGCUCCGGCGUCCCCUGUGAGUGUGAUGUUUGCUCAGCAGUUUAAGGCCUUCCUUCCUCCGAAGCAUAAAGUGGAGCUUGCUGAUCCUUGGUGGAUCAUUCCCAGCGAACUCAACAUCUUCACUGGAUACCUUCCCAACAACCGGUUUUAUCCUCCAGCCCCCAGGGGCAAAGAGGUAAUAAUUCACAAGCUCUUGAGUAUGUUCCAUCCCCGGCCGUUUGUGAAAACUCGCUUUGCCCCCCAGGGAGCUGUCGCCUGUAUUCAAGCAGUUGCGGAUUUCUACUAUAGGAUUGCAUUCAGGAUCCAUGCUGAGUUUCAGUUGAACGAGCCCCCGGAUUUCCCAUUCUGGUUUUCGCCUGCACAGUUCACGGGCUACAUUGUCCUCUCCAAAGACUCUUCUCAUGUCCGGGAAUUCAAGCUGUUCGUUCCUAACAAUAGGUCUCUCAACGUAGACAUGGAGUGGCUGUAUGGAGCCCUAGAGAGCAGCAACAUGGAAGUAGAUAUAGGAUAUUUGCCUCAGAUGGAGCUGGAAUCUUUGGGACCGUCUGUCCCUUCCAUCAUCCACGACGAAAAUGGGAAUGUGAUUGACAGCCGAGAAGGGGACCCGAUUCAGUUUGUCUUUGAAGAGAUUGCCUGGCAGAGAGAAAUAAACUGGGAAGAGGCGGUCCGCAAACUGGAAAUUGCCAUGUAUCCGUUUAAAAAAGUUUCCUACCUUCCUUUUACUCGAGCCUUCGAGAGAGCAAAAUCCGAGAGUAAACUUGUGCAUUCCAUAUUGUUGUGGGGUGCGCUGGAUGAUCAGUCCUGCUGAGGUUCAGGGCGGACUCUCCGGGAGACAGUCCUGGAAAGUUCGCCCAUCCUUGCUUUCCUGAACGAGAGUUUCAUCAGUACCUGGUCACUGGUGAAGGAGCUGGAGGAUUUGCAGGCCAAGAGAGAGGAUGAAUUCAACAGCAGACUUGCAGACCUGCACCUUGAAAAGUAUAACUUUCCUGUGGAGAUAAUGAUAUGCCUCCCCAAUGGCACUGUGGUCCACCACAUCAAUGCCAAUUACUUUCUGGACAUCACUUCCAUGAAGCCCGAAGAAGUGGAGAGCAGCAUCUUUAGCUUCUCUACCAGUUUUGAAGACCCAUCGACAGCCACCUACCUCCAGUUUCUGAAGGAAGGGCUUCAGAAAGCGAAACCAUUUCUGCAGACGUAGACGGACGGAGCAAAGCGCUGUUGUUCUGUCGAUCACCAAAGAUCCAGGAGUCCUUGUUCCCGGUGCCCGUUGAGGUCGGGCAUGACCCGGUCUUGGAGAGCAACACACUGUGCUUGAAGGAAAGGGCUCCAGACAAGUAAGCGUCCCUUGGAAAUACGAAGCUGUGUCAUUUGUAAUUAGUAAUUUUUCCAAGACUUUUUUGGAAGGAGCUGAAUGUAUUGUUCUCUUUCUUACCAGCAAGUUGCAAAAAUGAUCUGAAGCAAGUCAUUUGACUGCCAUUGGCAGAGGAUGGAGAUAGGGAUGCAGUUCCUAGGCUGUGAGUUCAGCAAGUUCAGUCUCAAGCAAAGUUUGAAAUCCUUUGGUUCACUUUCCUUUAGUAUAGAGCUGGACACAGCAUGCCAAUCUUCCAGCAUCCUGGGACUGGUGGGAUCUUGAAACUGGGAGUCCUGUACAUUGUCUACUCGCCUUAAUAAGAUUUUUGCAAAGGGAAUACAAUAUUUGUGCUUCAUAGCUUGGUGCUUUCCAAGGCCCUGAAUUGCCUCAUAAUUAAAGUGGCACAUUUUAGAAAUAUUACAUUAUAAAACGCCAUUCAGCUUCGUUGUGAUGUCAGUAGGUCACAGGUAUCAAUCUGAGGCCUUAAAUGGCUAAUACAAUGCAAAAUAUAUUUACAUUUUACAUUACUACUGAUAUCUGAGAAUCUGCUUAGGUUGAUGCUGUCACAAAGCUUGGUUUAUAGGAGCUGUCAUCCCCCAAAAAGAAUAUUUCCAAAUUUUAGCUGCUGCACAGAUGUACAAUUUCUGGGUUACACUAUGCAACUAAAUUUGAAAAAAAAUUGUUCCUGGUCUAAAAGUUUAAUUUCCUGUUUAAUUGUGCGGUCCUUACUUUAAAAGUAGUUGUUAUACUCCAGAAAAAAUUCUGGGUUUUCCCUUGGAUUACACUAUGCAACAAAAUUUGAAAAAAAAAAUCUGUUCCUGGUUUGAAAGUGUUGUUUCCUGUUUAAUUGUGUGGUCUUUACUUUGAAAGUAGCUUUUAUACUCCAGAAACUUCGUUUUUGUUUCUGCCACAAACUAUAUUGAAUUGGUUGAGGAAUUAAUUGAAAAACUAGAGGAAAAUGUGCUGCAGGGUGUCCCGCCAAAAGAAAGUUUUUGCAGUUUGAGAAACUUUUCCCUUGUUUUUAUGAUAGAACCAAUUAGAAAAUGGCAAUUAUAACCCAGGAACAAAAAUCGUGUAACAUGGUGUUAUUAAAGGCUGUGGUUGUCUUAUUAAUGGCCAGGUGUUCCUUUGGAAUCCAAGCUUAGGCUUCAAGCCUCCAGUUGUUGAUCCCAAGUGUAUUUUAAUCACUGUCAACACAGCUUGUUUUGUAAAGCAAACACAGUAUGAGUGGACAACAUUCCUAGUGAUCAUGUCAGUGCCAAACUUUUUACAAGCUUUAUUUUUAGUCACAAAGGCAGUUAUUUUCAGUCACAAUCAUGUGAACUCUCAACACCCACCGUCUUGGAAUUUUUCUUUGCUCGUGAUAUUUCCUGCAAAUGGAUUUAUUCAUUCCAAGAUUUGUUUACGUUCACAAGUUUCCAGCAUGAGAGUCACAGUCCAGUCUCAUAGCACUAAAAGCUUGAACAACAAAGAAGCAUCUGUAUAAUGAAAGCACAUGAAUGGUGAUCAGACAGGGAGGCAGAGGUGGAAAUAGGAGAAAGCUGCUCUUGACCAUCCUUUCACCUUCUCUUAUAGAUGAUGGCUAAUUCUCUCACAUCCUCAGAGCUGGUGAGUUCUGUUGGAAACUAGGCAAGUGGGGUUUAUAUAUCUGUGGAAUAAUGUUCAGGAUGGGAGAAAUAACUUAUCUGUUGGAGGUUGCAACUGGCCACCUAGAUUAGCAUUGAAUGGCCUUGCAGCUUCAAAGCCUGGCUGCAUCCUGCAUGGAGGAAUCCUUUGUUGGGAGGUGUUAGAAGGUCCUGAUUGUUUCUUGUCUGGAAUUAACCACCCUGGACAUUCUGCAGAAAAAUAAACCCCACUUAUACUGUUAUUGUUUUUGUUUUAUAUUUUAACUUUUUUAUACAGUAGAGUCUCACUUAUCCAACAUAAAUGGGCCGGCAGAACAUUGGAUAAGUGAAAAUGUUGGAUAAUAAGGAGGGAUUAAGGAAAAGCCUAUUAAACAUCAAAUUAAGUUAUGAUUUUACAAAUUAAGCACCAAAACAUUAUAUUUUAUAACAAACUGACAGACAAAGGAGUUCAAUACACAGUGACGUUAUGUAGUAAUUACUGUAUUUACGAAUUUAGCAGCAAAACAUUGCGAUGUAUUGAAAAAAUUGACUACAAAAAUAUUAAAUACUAAAAGGCAGACUGUGUUGGAUAAUACAGAAUGUUGGAUAAGAGGAAGUUGGAUAAGCGAGACUCUACAUUGUUUUCUUUUGGGCUUGGCCCCAUGUUAGCCUCCCUGAGUCCCUUCGGGGAGAUGGUGGCGGGAUACAAAAAUAAAGUAUUAUUAUUAUUUUAUUAUGACACAGCAAACAAGAUAGAUAUGCUGGAUUUCAUAUCACAAAACCACAAGUCGAACACUUCCCAAGUGUCUAGGACUGUGUGAUGUAUUUUCGGAUGAUGCGCGCAGAUCCCAGUAGGGUGGCCUUUUGCAGUUGGCAGAUUGUGAUUUUUAUUGUGAAUUAUUAUUAUUAUUAUUAUUAUUAUUAUUACUUGUCUAGUUUCCAACAGAUCUCACAACCUCUGAGGAUGCCUGCCAUAGAUGUGGGUGAAAUGUCAGGAGAGAAUGCUUCUGGAACAUGGCCGUACAGCCCGGAAAACUCACAGCAACUCAGUGAUUCUGGCCGUGACAGCCUUCAACAACACAUCAUUACGUUGCUUGGAAUCUCAGCUUUUGGAAGUCCCAGAAUAACCAGAGAUAGGGGAUGAUGGGAACAGCAAAGUUUCCUCAACCUGGGUGCACACAUGUCACCAUCCAAACACUUUUGCCAACAUUUUAUCUACUCUUAAUUUCCAACUAAUGACAAGAAUUAUGUCUUAACCUUUUUUAAAAAAAUGCGUGCCAAGUGUUUUGUAUCGAUAUCGUCUCUAUAUUUCAAGAAUUUUAUAGAUAUUUUGAUAUUUUCCGAGAGAGGGAAAUGGAAAGAGGUUUCUGCUUUUUUCUCCGCCUUCAUCUGUUCUCCGUGACGGUCUGGCCUUAAAUCGAGCGCGGGUCAGGCCCGAUUUCUGACAGGUGUUUGCUGGAGAAAAGAGAACCCCGGUCAAUUUUGCCUCUGAUUUUUUAAUGAUUGUAAUGUAAAUGUUUUUUUUCCUCUUAAGCAUUUACAGAGGCAGUAUUUUUAGAAAACGUGAACUUCCUCCCAAGCUGUACAUUCAGCGUUACAUGGGGAACAUUUCAGACCUAAUCAGUGUUACUAAUAAUAAAUGAUAUUAAAACUUAUGCUGGACAGUGUUUUUGUAAUUGUGUUGAAGAGACUGGGAAGUAUUACAAAUUGCAGAAAAUAUGUCAUCAGUAAUAUGUGAAAACUUAUUUAGAAUCUUGACUAGUAGUAUUUCUGCCAUCCUCUAAAUCCCAAUUGUAUUGUGAACUGUAUAGACUCUUCUGAUGAUACGUAUUAUUUACAGCAGAAAAUGUUUUACAUGUUUAAAUACCCCAAGUCCACAUUUCACUUACGCAAGUCUUCCUGUGGUUGCAUACUGUCCAGUUUAGAUAACAUUUCAGUAUUUUCUAAAGACGUCUUGGAUGUGUUAUUGUAUAGAAUGCCUCCUGUAGUAAUUCAGUGUUUUUCAGUAAUAAAAAUGGGAAGUCCAAA